UACUCUCCUGACCUUGGUCCACAUGUGGAGGCUCUUUGCGGGUCUCCAUAAAGAAGACGAGUGAAAGAGCAUAUAAGUCCACUUUUCCGCCCAUCAGUCUGGUCACUGCAUCCUUUGCACCUUUCAACUCAAGAACGAUCAAACAUCAGCCAAGAUGUAUCAAAUUGGCAACAUCUAUGGCAUUACCGCCAUUGCGGUUAUUGGUGGUGGUUUGUUUGGUUUUGAUAUCUCUUCCAUGAGCGCUAUUCUACCUACGCAACAAUACCGCUGCUACUUCAACCAGGGCCCUCGUGGCCCUGAGUUCUCUGGGGACCCAAAUGAGAGUUGCUCUGGCCCUAAGCCCAACGUCCAGGGCGGUAUCACUGCCGCUAUGCCAGGUGGCUCCUUCAUUGGUGCACUCAUCUCCGGCUACCUGACCGACAAGCUCGGUCGUCGUCGCGCCAUUCAGAUCGGUUGCCUUGUCUGGAUUAUUGGUUCCAUUAUCUCAUGUGGUGCUCAGAAUAUUGGUAUGCUCAUCGCUGGUCGGUUCAUCAACGGUAUCAGCGUGGGCAUCUGCAGUGCGCAGGUCCCCGUAUACGUUACCGAGCUGGCUCCGCCCUCCAAACGCGGGAGAGUGGUGGGCUCGCAGCAGUGGGCAAUUACGUGGGGGAUCCUUAUCAUGUACUACAUCUCCUACGGCUGCACGUUUUUGACUGGUGCAAAGGCAUUCAGGGUACCCUGGGCGCUCCAGAUGAUUCCGGCUAUCAUUCUCGCCAUUGGCCUCCUAUUUCUCCCUGAGAGUCCUCGCUGGCUGGCACGCAAGGAUCGUUGGGAAGAAUGUCAUCAGGUUCUCACCCUCGUCCACGGCCAUGGCGAUCCCAACUCGCCUUUUGUUUCUCUCGAGAUGGCCGAAAUUAAACAGAUGAUCGAAUUUGAGAGGCAAAACGCUGAUGUAUCCGUCAAGGAGCUCUUCAAGCCUAACAUGCUCAACCGCCUUCAUAUUGGAAUCUUUACACAGGUCUGGUCUCAGCUUACGGGAAUGAACGUUAUGAUGUAUUACAUCACAUACGUGUUCGGUAUGGCUGGACUUACUGGUAACAUUGGCUUGAUUGCAUCGUCUAUCCAAUAUAUCAUCAACGUGCUGAUGACCAUUCCUGCUCUCAUCUGGAUGGACCGCUGGGGUCGUCGACCUAUGUUCGUCAUUGGCGCUCUUCUCAUGAUGACCUGGCUAUUUGCGAAUGCCGGUCUCAUGGCCAGCUAUGGCCGUCCUGCUCCUCCGGGCGGUCUCAACAACAUCGCCGAGCAGUCGUGGCAAAUUGAAGGUGCUCCUGCUAAAGCUGUCAUCGCCUGCACAUACCUCUUCGUCGCCUCGUACGCGCCUACCUGGGGUCCCGCGAGUUGGGUUUAUCCUCCAGAAAUUUUUCCGCUGCGAGUCCGCGGUAAGGCCAUCGCUCUCACCACUUCCGCGAAUUGGAUCUUCAACUUCGCUCUAUCCUACUUCGUGCCUCCUGCUUUUGUCAACAUUCAGUGGAAGGUCUACCUCAUCUUCGCUAUCUUCUGUGCAGCCAUGGCAAUCCAUACCUUCUUCUUGUUCCCUGAGACAGCCGGUAAAUCACUUGAAGAUAUCGAGGAAAUGUUCAUGGAGGGAAUUCCGGCUUGGAAGACCAAGGUCGACUUCGGCAACUCCCGCCGUGCUGAGCAGGGUAUCAUCGACCCCGAGAAGAUCGGCGGCUUCGAUCACAGUUCAGUCAAGAUGGAAAAGGUGGACGCUGAGACCAGAGCUUAGGUAUCUCAUUUGAAGAAGAUUCACGAAUUGCCAUUGGAGUUGUCAUAGUUUGACACAGUGGUGUAUGCUUCGCCCAUGCUAGUAGGUCUCAUUGGAGUUUGAGGGA